UUAGUCACCGGUAGUAGUAAUCGUAUCGGUGAACAGACUGUCAAACUAUUCUCGGCAUUGGGUGCCAGUGUUGUGGUCACCGGUAGGCGAGAGGCAGAGGUUCAACAGGCGGUUAAAGAUGUACAGCAAGUGUCGCCACAAAAGUUAAAACCAUUAGGAGUUGUGGCGGAUCUGACCAAAGAUACAGAUAUUGAGCGUCUAUUCAAUGAGACAAUUAAGACAUUCAAUAGAUUGGAUGUAUUGGUCAAUAACGCCGGUGUCUUAAUACAGGGCAACGGAACUGAAAAAGACUUUUUGGAUAUUUUGGACCAAUCAGAGAGGGUUGACGUGAAGGCAUCCCUACAACUCAUACGACUGAGUGUCCCGUAUUUGCAAAAGACGAAGGGAUCGGUAGUUAAUAUCGGGAGCACUUUAUCCGAGAGACCAGUAAAAUCUCUGUUAGCCUACGAUUUAGCCAAAACUUCUCUGACAACGAUAUCCAAUGUGUUGGCCAUAGAGUUGGGUCCACAGGGUAUACGAGUUAAUACACUCAGUCCAGGAAUGGUAUUGUCAUCUGAAAUACCGGACAAAUUGUACAAUAAAACAGUGAGAUUAACACCACUCGGAAGGAUAGGUCAACCCAUAGAUAUAGCCAAAGGAGUGGUAUUUCUGGCCUCAAGUGAUGCUGAGUUCAUAACCGGUCAUAAUCUGGUCAUUGAUGGCGGACUCAAGUAUAACAUGGACUCAAACUUUGCGGAUGUGGAUAAUAAUGUAGAU